AUGAGUUCGUAUCAGUUUGUCAACUCGUUGGCUCAGUGCUAUGGACAACAAAAUAGGCCUGGUGCGGAUCAAGGACACCAAUCGACGAGUCCCGGUGGUGAUUACUAUAAUCCUAACGCGGCUGCAGCAACUAGCUACCCCCCAACAUGUUAUUCUCCUUCGCAGGUUGGUCCGCAGUACCCCCCGCAUCCGUAUGCAGCCCCGGCUCCUGGACACACUCUUCAGCCGAUGGGAGAUUACACGCAACUACAACCUCAGAGGAUCUCAGGAGGCAACUCCACUCACAUGCACCAUGCGAGUCCUGGAGGGCAGAGUCCUGGGAUGUUGAACCCUGCGGCUAGCUGCAAAUACGCAGAGUCCACCUCCUCGACGGGAGUUGCUUCUCCGCAGGACCUGAGUACCAGCGGACCUCCAGCGAGGAGUACAACUCCUCUGACCAAUACUCCCACAAAUAAUAACAGUAACGCUACGAUAACAUCUAAGACCGGACUUACUUCACCGUUAUCGGUUAGUACUUCUCCGUCAGCAAAACCAGCUACGGGUUCGUCCACAGCUUCGCAGAAUUUGUCGUCGCCAGCUUCAAGCACAAGUUCGACGUCGAGUAACGAGAAAUCUGGAUCGAAUAAUAACAAUUCCAAGAGCGGAUCCAGUUCAAAUCCUCCACAGAUCUAUCCCUGGAUGAAGAGGGUCCAUCUUGGUCAAAGUGAGUUCUAG